AUUAUACGUGAGCUAUGAUAUCCUUAUCAGCAAUAGGGCAAGUCCCUCUAGCACACCUGGCAUUUCGGUCUGUCUUGGUGCUGUGAUAGGUCUGAAGAACACUGGGUUCUGCUUGAUAGAAAACUUUUUUUUUUUUCUUAAGUGAAAAAUAUUGUGAGUGUUUUGAUUACAACUAUUUUUGUUAUUAGUGUGAAAUAACUGUGGGAAGGUUCUGUUCUUUUUUUUUUUUGUAUAUUAUGUGCCUCACUUUGGACUUGGGAGUGGUCAUUUAAUAACGGAUAAUUAGACUCACAAUCCCUGCAUGCCCUUCCUUUGGCUUCCGUGAGGCUUUGUGUGUCCUCUGGCACCUUCCUGCAGGCACUGAAGGGAGUUCUGUCCCUGUCCUUCUCUCUCUUUCUAACACAGAAUAAACCAACGUGAGGAAUAUUUUGAAUGAAGGUUUUAUACUCAGUGUACUUAGAACACAAACAGGGUGUUUUUGAUUGGGAUCAGCUUCACUUCAUCUUCAGUAGGAUGCCUUCUUUUUUAUUAUUUUCUUUUUUUGUGUACAUCUUGAUCGUUCUGUUUUUAGCAUCUUUUCGUCAAACCUGUAUGACUUCUUGGUCUUUUGUGUUCCCUUUGGUCUCUUACUGUGUUCAGCAGAAUUUUGUGCCUAUGACACACUUAAUGCAACCUGGGAUGUAACAUGGUGGAGUCGCUGUCCCUGGCAGUGUUUAAGAGGCGUCUGGAUGAGGAGCUACAAGAUAUGGCUUAGUGGUUUAUAGUAGCACUGGCAAUGGGAGGUCGGUUGGACUAGAUGAUCUUGUAGGUUCUUUCCAACCUUGUGAUUCUAUGACUCUAUGAAAUAAGUAACUGACUGCUGCUUGUUCUGGAAAGCUGCCAAUUUGUGUGAAGCAGGGCAAUGGUCGCAUACACCAGUGACGGCUACACACGUUUUAAGUAAAACAGAUAUGCGUAUUAUGAUUUAAACGUGAGAAGUUUAAUAGCAUUUGAGAUCAGUAUUCCAACUACUAUUUUUCAUUUCAGGCUCUGCUUGAAAAAAACAGUAUUGUCCCUUCAGGCUCUUAAAUGUAUUGGUUUUUUUUUUUAUUAGCAGGAGUGUCUACUGAAAGGCAAGAAGGGGUUAAUAAGAAUGGCAGAAAAUAUGACUGAGCAUAAACUCUGAAGCCUGUCUGAUUUCUGGAUAAUGUCGUCUUAUUCAUGUGAAAUUUCUUAUCUCCACUUGUAGGUUUUUGUAGCUGAAGGAAAAUGAUGGAAGAGAGCGGAAUAGAGACAACUCCACCUGGAACACCCCCACCAAGCACAGCAGGAUCUACUGCUGUCUCUGCUACACCUGUCUCAUUAGCUUUAUCCAGUCCGCUUGCUACACCGAGCAUAUCAUCUCCAGCAUACUCUCCACCUUUGCCAGCUGCAGUGGCUCCACUUCCUCCUCCUAUAAUGACUUCAGCUACACCUUCAUUCGUGCCUUCUGCAGCAGUUUCUACUAUUGCUCCACCUCUGGCUCCUGCCCCAGCUCCUGUUACCUCUUCAGCUUUUAGUACCUCUCUGCCCCAGUUCUCUGCACCUUCUCCAUUAAGCUCUACAACUGGUUCUGGUCUUUCUGUACCUCCCACUGGUCCACCCAUCUCAGGGUUUUCUCUGUCUUCAACCUAUGAUAUUACCAGAGGUCAUGCUGGUCGAGCGCCACAAAGCCCACUGAUGCCAUCAUAUUCUGCACCUCCAGUCACAGGUGUUUUGGCAGAUCCUAUUACUCAGCAAGCAUCUUUCUCAUCACCUUUGGCUUCUGGAACAGGAAGUGGUUCUGCAAUCACUUUUCCUGAGGAGCAUGAAGACCCCAGAGUGUCUACUGCCCAAAGUGGAGCACCUGCUGGAGGUCUGUGGGGGUUUAUAAAGGGUGUAGCUGAGAAUCCCAUGGUAAAGUCUGUUCUUGAUAAAACCAAACAUUCAGUGGAGUCCAUGAUCACAACACUGGAUCCUGGCAUGGUUCCAUAUAUCAAAACUGGUGGAGAAUUGGACAUAGUGGUUACUUCUAAUAAGGAAGUAAAAGUUGCAGCAAUUAGAGAUGCCUUUCAGGAAGUCUUUGGGAUGGCUGUUGUUACUGGAGAGGCUGCACAGUCUAACAUUGCACCCCAGCCUGUGGGCUAUGCUGCAGGUUUAAAAGGAGCCCAAGAAAGGAUAGACAGCUUGCGUCGAACAGGAGUAAUACAUGAAAAACAGCCUGCUGUGUCAGUGGAGAGCUUCAUUGAGGAAUUACUUCCUGACAAGUGGUUUGACAUUGGAUGUCUGAUUAUUGAGGACCCAGUUCAUGGAAUUCAUCUGGAAGCUUUUACCCAGGCAACACCAGUUCCUCUACAAUAUGUUCAGCAGGCUAAGAGUCUCACGCCUCAGGACUACAAUCUGAGAUGGUCAGGCCUGUUGGUGACAGUGGGUGAAGUGAUUGAGAAGAACCUACUGAACAUCAACAGGACUGAUUGGCACGUCGUGUUCACUGGCAUGUCCCGCCGGCAGAUGAUCUACAGUGCAGCCAAGGCUCUUGCAGGGAUGUACAAACAACAUUUGCCACCUCGGACCGUUUGAAAGAAGAUUGAUCCGUGACGAUAAGGAAUACUGGUUUUAGUCCUGGAAUUGUAAAAGUUACAUAUUCUGAUUCUGAGUGGGGAUACAGCACAGAUUUAUAAUCUACUUGUAAACUGUAUAUUACUUUUUGAGAAGUGAAGGUAGUUUCCAGUAGUGGAAAUGAGUAAUUCCAGAUUUUGAUAACUAUGUGAUUUCCAAUAUAAUUCAUAAAAGAGGAGAUCAGAACAAACAUAUUUAUAACUAGGAUAAUAGCGUAACAGUUUAUAAAGUGGAAUGUGCUAUUACUUGACACCUUAAAAGGCAUUUGGUGUGAUGUUUAAUACUUUAGUUACUCGGUAACUUUUUUUAAAGAUGGGGAUUGUUGUUUAGCUACUUUUCUUAUGUUAGUAAUAUAAACAUGUUGACAGCAUAAUAUAUAUGUUGUACGUGCAUUUCAGUGUAGGGAGGCAACUUCUGUAAUAGAUGUUUCCUUAAGGCCUGUGCUUAAGUGGUACACUUCACACCACGGAGGUUUGGUGUACAUAAGUAAGUUCUCAGGACUGAAGCUGAGUAGUUUUAAUAACAUGCAACAGUAAAUUGCUGAAGAGCACAAGUCCAUGCCCAGGUGGUUGAAGUCUGGACUAAUGAAUUUUUGAAAUACAAUUUUUCAAACUGCAUCUCUUUUUUCUUUUCCCUCUUUUUUUUUUUUUUCUUUUUUUUCUUUUAUAUAUAGCUUUUCUGUAGCAGAGAUGUGAUUCAUCUCCAGUUAAAACACAGAUUCACAGAUUUAUUGUUGCUUCUGUGGCUUUUAGAUCAGAUACCAUAUACACAUGAAAUUAUUUCAGCAUUGCAUUUCAACAACAUAAUUUACUACACUAUUUCCAAACUUCAAAUUUUAUAUGUAAUUAUUUAGUUUCUUCUAUUAAGUUACAAUUGUCAACAAUUUGAUCUAGAAAAUGGUGGGAUGUAUAUCACUUGCUUUGUUAUCCAGCAUUUUCUAUAUAUUUGUAAGUCUUAAAUGCAUUAUUGUUGUCAUGGGCUGUUUUUUAUAAAAGUUUCUGGUCUUGUCUGAUUUUUUUCAUGGUUAAGAAUAUCUUCUAUCCAUGCUCACACAAUCUGAAAUCUUUAUUCAGAAAUAUGGAAGUAAUUGUGAAGAAAAUAUUUUGUUAAUAAUACUUUUUUUAAGAAACAAAGAAUAAACAAAUACUUUGUUUGCCUUAAAUGUUUUUUUAGCUUGUAUUCUUCUGCUUUUACCUAUCUUAGAUGCUUUCAAAGGACAUUUUCAUUCACAGUAUACUGUUAAGUCAGUUAAUAUUUGUACUCAGUGCAAGCAUGUCUAUUUCCAAAUAAUAUAUUUUGCCUUAAUUGGCUUACUCAGUAAAUUAAUUGAAUAAAUUUUCCUAGAGGUCUAUAUGUAUUUUAAAGGUGAUUAUUUUUUUGAUGUUGCUGAUGAACACUGUGUCUGACAAAAAAAAGAAUAAAGAAAGAAAAAUCUCAAUACAAAUAAAAAAACAAGCCCAGAAAAUGAAUCUU